GGCCAAAAUAAUUAAGCAUUAUACGUGUCACACUACUUCCAAAAACUGUCCUUAACAAUGAUCGUUUGUUGUGUCUCUUCGGUGCGCGUUUAGUCCAAGAAACUAAGCGAAAUCUCCUUCAAUAAGACUCUGAUCCGUCAACAACCCUUCUUCAUUUCAUUCUCCAGCUUACCAAAUAAGGGUUAGAAAUUUCGUGUUGUAGAUAACACUGACGGCUUGAAGCUGAAGCAUCGAGUCUGUAGAAGUUUACAUUUGAUACAGAAUGAGUUGUUAUGAGAUACCUGUUGAAACUUUAGAUGAUGAAGAUGCUCCAAUUGGCCCUUCUUUAAGUCAGCAAAGCGGUAAGGAUCCUGUUAAAGGUAAGAAGGAGGAGGAGGAUCCGGUUGAGCUUUACAAGGACUUUGUUCAACUGACAAAGCUUAGAUCAGCACCCAAUAAACGCUUCAGUUGGACAGUAACUGAUAGGUUGAGAUUACCAGUUUCGACUUUCAAAAUGUUGGCAGGUCGGGAAGCCAAUUAUACUGGUAGAACUAGAUUCUCAGCAGCAGAUGAAUCUCAUGUUUUAAGCAAAUAUUUUCCUUUUAGUGGCCCUUGGAGUGUAGACCAGCUGAAGAAACCUGUAUACAUUUCACAGUUCUCUGCUGAUGGUUCUCUUUUUGUUGCUGGAUCUCAGGGAGGUCACAUCAGGAUAUAUGAUGUGGAUAGGAAUUGGAAAGUUCGGAAGGAUAUUGAAGCCAAACACAUGAGAUGGACUAUUACUGAUGCAUCUCUUUCACCAGAUCAACAAUUUCUUGUUUAUUCUAGUGUGAAUACUAUUGCUCAUAUUGUAAAUGUUGGAUCUGGGGCAACCGAGUCAGUUGCAAACGUCACGGAGAUUCAUGAAGGUUUAGAUUUUUCUGUUGAUGGCGAAGACGAAGAAUUUGGGAUCUUCUCUGUUAAAUUUUCUACUGAUGGGCAAGAGCUUGUUGCUGCAGGCAAUGACGAUUAUAUAUAUGUUUAUGAUCUCCUAGCAAAUAGGUGUAGCCUUCAAAUUCAUGCGCAUCAGUCGGAUGUUAACACAGUAUGUUUUGCGGAUGAAACUGGCAAUAUCAUAUAUUCUGGAAGUGAUGAUAACCUCUGCAAGGUGUGGGACAGGCGCUGCUUUACAAGGGGACAAGCAAGUGGGGUCUUGAUAGGACAUCUGGAAGGCAUUACAUUCAUUGACAGCCGUAGGGAUGGGCGCUAUUUAAUUUCAAAUGGAAAAGAUCAGAGUACCAAACUCUGGGAUAUACGGAAGAUGUCCACCAACACCAGAGACUGUCCAAGGCGUAGAUUUACUGAUUGGGACUACAGAUGGAUGGAAUAUCCAGAGCAUAAAAGGAAUUUUAAACAUUCCAAUGAUCAGUCAUUGGCCACAUAUAAAGGACAUUCAGUCUUGCGCACUUUGAUUCGCUGUUACUUCUCCCCAGAGUACAGCACUGGUCAAAAGUACAUCUACACUGGAUCUAGUGAUAGUUGUGUCUACAUUUAUGAUGUGUUAAGUGGAGCUGAAGUUGCAACACUCAAGUUUCAUGGAGCUCCUGUAAGAGAUUGUAGUUGGCACCCAUACUACCCAAUGAUGGUGAGCUCCUCCUGGGACCAUAGGAUUGUGAGAUGGCAAUUCCCUGGGCCAGCUGGCAGAGCCGCCGAAGUACAACGAGCGAAGCCGGGUGCUCGUGGGCGUCGGACAAGAGUUUUCUAUAGAUGAGUUUUUGAUCUUUGGGAUAGUACGAAGAUGAUCAUAACUUAUGACUACUUGUGUUGUUAUUGUUGAAUCGUGGUUGACCCCUCAGAAUGAGUGGAGUUAAAAACUUCGUAUAGUUAAAUGCUUACAUAUAGAGGUUCCCCUUCUUGUUUUACAUAAA